CUCUCUGUUAACCACGCCCCUCACCACAGUGACGUCCCGUCAGGUGAGUUGAUCCAGAUUAAACCCCACCCGCCUGGUUUAUCAGGAGCCAUAAAACAAACCACAGUGUAGUUUCACAUCUGACGCUGCUGUUUCACUUCCCUCUUCACUUUGCUCUGUCGCUCGUCGGAGGAACUUCCUCUUCACUUCCUCGUCUCUCUGCUCGUCUCUGCACCAACAGAACCGACGUCUUCUGGACCUGGAGGUUCCUGGGUGUGAUGGCAGAACCAGAACCGGAAGCAGAACCAGAGAGGAACCAGACUCAGACGGACACUUUGUCUCCAGACGAAGUCCCCGGUGGUUCUGGUCUCACCACUAAGCAGCUGCAGCAGAACCUGAGAGCCGUGAAGCAGCGCGAUCGACCCGUCAGGCUGCUGUUUGAAAUCCCGUCCAGUCGAAUUAUCGAGCAGACUCUGUCCAAACACGUGGUGUACGAGGUCGUGGUGAUGCGUUCCGGCAGCUUCGAUUCCUGCAGAGUUUCUGUUGAGCGCCGCUACAGCGACUUUUCCCGCUUCCACCACAAACUGCUGCAGGAGUUCUCCGAGGAGCUGGAGGAGGUGGUUCUCCCCCGUAAACUGCUGACAGGGAACUUCAGCCCCGACGUCAUCGCGGAGCGACGCGUGGCGCUCCAGGAUUAUUUGGCAGAAGUUUACGCCGUCCGCAGCGUUCGCCGCUCUCCUCACCUGCCCAGGUUUCUCACUGAGCAGGAGCAGAGGCGAGCGCACGGGCUGCUGCGGGCGGGGCAGUUCGAGCUCGCCCUGCAGCAGCUGCAGAGAGUUCUAGAGAUGGAGGAGAAGCUGUUGCCGUGGCAGAGCCCCACCCUGAUUGUACCCACACUCUCCGCCCUCGCCGUCUGUCACCGGGACCUGGACCAACCAGAGCAGGCGUUCACGACGGCUCAGAGGGCCCUGCCGGCCGUCAGACGCUACGGACGGAAGCGCCACAGGGCGGCGCUGUUGGACCUGCUGGUGGAUGUGGGAUACCAGCUGGGACAUCCGGUGGCUCAGAUACAGGAGGAGCUGAGUGUACUGAGGGAUGCCGAGAGGGGGGAGGUGUCCUGCUGCUCGCUGAAGGAGUUAGUGGUGCAGGAGUUUCUCUGACGACCACCGACACCUGAGCUUGAACCACCGACACCUGAGGCCGGACCACCGACACCUGAGGUUGAACCACCGACACCUGAGGCCGGACCACCGACACCUGAGGCCGAACCACCGACACCAGAGGUUGAACCACCGACACCAGAGGCCGGACCACCGACACCAGAGGUUGAACCACCGACACCAGAGGUUGAACCACCGACACCUGAGGCCGGACCACGACACCUGAGGUUGAACCACCGACACCAGAGGUUGAACCACCGACACCUGAGGUUGAACCACCGACACCUGAGGCCGGACCACCACACCUGAGGUUGAACCACCGACACAAGAGGUUGACCCACCGACACCUGAGGUUGAACCACCGACACCUGAGGCCGGACCACGACACCAGAGGUUGAACCACCGCCAGACGUACAGUAGCUUGUUGUUGUGGUGAAGCAGUGAAGCAUCAUGGGAGUUGUAGUUGUAAGGAUUCCUCAGAGUUACUGAUUCAAUCCAGUAAGUAAUUCUUUUAUCCACCUCCUAACACUUUGUGUGAAAAACACGUACCCUGGUCACACACAUGAACCAGCACAGGCUCCGCCCACACACACGUUUAAGUUUGUGAUGGAAAUGUGUGUGUGAUCACAGAUUACUCAACAACACAAACUGUAUUUCAACAAAACUGAAGACUCAGGAAUUUCCCAACAAUAAGUUUCACCAUGUUGUUUCUUCUUCUUCAUGAAACAGAUUCAAGUCUUUAACAGUCAGUUCAUAUAUUUCUGACAGGUGUGUGAGGAUUGUUGAGGUAUUUUCAGGUUUCCGCAGGUUUGCAGAAACACAAGUCAGGGAAGCCCAUGAGCAGGUUCAGACGUGUAUUUCGAGUUGGGGUUCACAAAAGGAGGACAGUUCAAUGUGCAUAUGGAUGAACAGUUCUUCUGUACCCACCAUCUCCGAGACAGGCCUGAGGUGUCACAUGUUCAUUUAGUCACAGCAAGGACACAUCUGCGUCAUCAUGAUUAUGUUUAGCAUCAACAAGAUAUUGUUCACAUCGCUUACAAUCAGGACGCAUUCUGCUUCUACAUAUCCCCCAUUUUUGAGGAUCUUCCAAUCCUCAAAACACUGUGUCAUUAAUCCUCAUUACAAAUACGAAUAUCUAAAGAA